AUGAUGACAGCUUCUUCCAAACCCACAGAAGAAGAUUGGCGUCCAUCCAGCCUUCUUGCAUCUAACGCACUUUCAGGUCACCAGGGCUUUGACUCGAUAAUAUCUGAUGCAAAGUCCACUGCUGAUACUACAGCCGAUUUCUACUACCACGGUCUGACGAGUCGCAGAUAUGCCCUUGUCGGAGUGGCAUGUUCAAUUAUCUUUAGCUGCUUAUUCAUCAUUGCAGGUGUUAUCACUUGCACCAAUGGCAUCCUAGGAGUAACCAGGCUGGACCGUGUUGGAAAUGUUCCUCACUUAGUACAGGGGAUAUUGAUGCUAAUCGUCACAUUAUGUACCGAGUCUAUAGGCUUCGUACACGGCGUCUCAUUGCGCUCUGCGCUAGCCUCGGAGUCUCGGCUUCGUUUCAAUACCAAUUUACGCCUUCUCACUGCAGCUCGUGGAUGGUAUAACCCCAAUGGCGCGCUGCUUAACUGCAUCUCGGCUGUCCUCCUCAUUAUAUCCUACAGCUCGGCCUCAGUCAUCAUAUGUCUGGACCAAAAUGACUGGAAGGCAUCCCAAACAGUCGAUGAUGUUAUUGCCAUCGCAGGGAUACCUAUUUUCAUUUUGGGCGUCGCACUCCUUCUCCAGGCGAUUAUCGCAUUGUCAGGGAUGUGGGCUGUCAACAUCUUGACGUGGAGCUCGUCACCUUUCGACUUGACCGCCGCACUAGUCCACCACGCACAAUUGACCCUUACUACUUCCCGGUGCAUGCGUCGUGUGUCUGACAUAGACACCGUCCGGAAAGUUGUCAUUUUUCUUUGGGUCAUCGUUGCAGCAUGCGCUGGAUGGGCCGCACUCGUCAUGUAUAUCUGGGACCACGUUGUUGACAAGAUAUAUUUCGCCAGCGACAAUCCUCUUACCCUACAAACGUGGUCGUUCUUCCGGAGCGCGUCGUCCAAUUUCAUCAUGUAUUGGAUGCCAGGUUCCAAUCUUGAGAUUGGGAUUCUGCUCUAUCUCAACAUUAUAUUUCUCCAGGGACCGUUGACGCUGGGGCUACAUUGCUCGGAGCUCAUCGCGAAUGUCAUCCGAGAUGAAAGACAGUGGAGAUGCGCUACCAGAAGCAAAGGACUCAGAGUGGCGAUGAACCCACUGGAGUCGAUUUUUAAUCAUCCGAUCGGUCUCAUACUUUUCAUCGCGAAGCCCUUCCUGCACUGGAUGUUUGGGCUUUCAUUCGGCUCGCAUAUCUUCGCCGAUAACGAGACCAUAGACUUCAUUUCGACAGUCAUGCACACUGCCCAAAUCUGGAACUUAUGCAUUGCGCUCUUUAUAUUUUCCUGUUUCUUCACUUUCGUCGCACUACGCCGACCGUCCGGUCCCCAGCCAGCUGCAUAUGGCCACCUCCAGACGCUCGCAGACCUUGUGGACGAGUGGUCGCCUGUCAUGUGGUGGGGACACAAGGAGGAUGGAAUUCCGUACUGUCAUGCUGGGACAAGCGAUCACCCACUGCCGGAUGUGAAGAUGCACUGCGUUUAUGCUGGUUCUGGCGUUGGGUCACUGGUACCCCUCUCGUGAGAGGUACUUUCUUUGCUUUCAAAAGUAAUUUCUUGCAGUGAUUGAUAGGGGCGGGAGGGACGUUUUGACCGGAACGGACUUGGAAUGUGGAAACGGACAAUUUCAGUACCAUAUGUGUGUGAGAGGUGCAAUAUUACACUGUCGACCGAUGUCGACUCCUCGUGGGUUGCGCUCGCCUAAAUAGAUACCCAUAGUUACUCCUCUAGAUCUUUAGAUGACUUGGUUUUCA